AUGCCAGGUAAAGGUAUCUGUACCCACUUUGACUUGUAAAAUUCGCUGGAAUGCCAAUGGUUUUUGGAUUGUUGUAACCAAAAAGUGUUUGCUGUAACUGAGAAAUAUAAGCAAUGCACAUCACAGUCGAAGAGCAAACAAGUAGCAAACCAGCAUAACGGUGUUUUUGUCAUCUCGAUGGUCCAGUUUUGUCUUUUAUUGUGCUUUUUAAAAUCCGAGUGCUGAAUCCGAUGUCACGGACACCAGAAUUUGUGCUGGAUUUUAUCAAUAAUCUGCUGCUAACUAAUUGCGGUAUGGUAUGGUGUGGUAUGAUUCAGUGAGCGAAUAAAAUAGAGCAGCCAUCCGGAAGCUAACAAAACAUGAAGGAAAAGCUAUAAUGUCCAAGAUGACGGAUGUUUUAAAGUUAAGCAAUGGAAUGUAUCACUAGAAGCGCACAGUAAUGCGAAACAUCAGCAAUGAAAAGGUAGAACGUGAAGCGAACAGGAUGAGUAAUGAACGAAUUCAUGGUAGCUACGAGUCUUCCGCCCCGCACAAUCAACAGCAGCAUCAGGAAGCCACCGAACACGAUGCCGUUAACAAUCGGUUCAUCGAGAAACAAGUGCCGGAAGUGGCCUACUGUCUUUCGUGUCGAUCCCAGUUCAGUGAAUCGUUGCCAAACGAUAUUAUACAGCAUUACAUGAACCGCAGGCACGAACCGUGUUGUCGUUGUCUGUAUUGCAAUGGGCCUAUGUAUCGGUACAGGGAUAGCAAGGAUAAUGUUCAGUAUUAUCACGAUUGUCACCGAUAUAAACGCUUCCUGGAUGGUUCAUGACUUCGCGAACCUAUUCAUGGAAUAAAAGAUGUUUUCCCCUUAUACAAUGCUAAUGCUUUACUUGGUGCAAAAGCGUAGUGCUAUUGUUCUCACUGUUUCUAAUGUGAAAAUAGACUGAUGAUUCAAAUAGAAGUUAGACAACGUUGUACGGCACACUUUUCUUAUGUAAAGCCAAUAUCGAGUAAAUCGAGUUUUAUUCAGUAA